UGGCUGGCGCAGCGCGCAGCCUCCGCCCCGGCUCGGUGCGCACGCCCGCGGCCCCGUGCGAGCCCCGUCUGUCCUGCGCCGCCGUGUCCCGCGCCGCCGAGACCAGCGCACGGCGGCCGCUGCGUCCCGACCGAGUGCGGAGCCCGGCGCGAUGCGACUCUCCGGGGCGGGCCGCGCGGCGCUCCUGGUGCUGCUGGCAGCGCACUUCCAGGCGAGUCUAGCGCUGGAGGAGAAGAAAGUUUGCCAAGGGACAAGUAACAAGCUCACCCAGUUGGGCACUUUUGAAGACCACUUUCUGAGCCUACAGAGGAUGUUCAACAACUGUGAGGUGGUCCUUGGGAAUUUGGAAAUUACCUACAUGCAGAGUAGUUACAACCUUUCUUUUCUCAAGACCAUCCAGGAGGUUGCCGGCUAUGUACUCAUUGCCCUCAACACAGUGGAGAAGAUUCCGUUGGAAAACCUGCAGAUCAUCCGAGGAAAUGUGCUUUAUGAAAACACCCAUGCCUUAGCGGUCUUAUCCAACUAUGGAGCAAACAAAACCGGACUGAGGGAGCUGCCCUUGAGAAACUUACAGGAAAUUCUGCAAGGUGCCGUGCGAUUCAGCAACAACCCUGUCCUCUGCAACGUGGAGACCAUCCAGUGGCGGGACAUCGUCAACCCUGAUUUUCUAAGCAACAUGACAGGGGACUUUCAGAACCAGCAGGGCAACUGCCCAAAGUGUGAUCCAGCCUGUCUCAACAGAAGCUGCUGGGGUGCCGGGGAGGAGAACUGCCAGAAAUUGACCAAGAUCAUCUGUGCCCAGCAGUGUUCCGGGCGCUGCCGCGGCAGGUCCCCCAGCGACUGCUGCCACAACCAGUGUGCCGCUGGCUGCACGGGGCCACGGGAGAGCGACUGCCUGGUCUGCCGCAGGUUCCGUGAUGAAGCCACCUGCAAGGACACGUGUCCGCCACUCAUGCUCUAUGACCCUACCACCUACGAAAUGAAGGUCAACCCGCUGGGGAAGUACAGCUUUGGUGCCACCUGUGUCAAGAAGUGUCCCCGUAACUACGUGGUGACAGACCACGGCUCCUGCGUCCGCGCCUGCAGCUCUGACAGCCAGGAGGUAGAGGAGGAUGGCGUCCGCAAGUGUAAAAAGUGUGACGGGCCUUGUGGCAAAGUUUGUAACGGAAUAGGAAUCGGUGAGUUUAAAGACACACUUUCCAUAAAUGCUACAAACAUUAAACACUUCAGAAACUGCACAUCCAUCAGUGGAGAUCUUCAUAUCCUGCCAGUAGCAUUUAGGGGUGACUCCUUCACACGUACUGCACCUCUGGACCCAAAAGAACUGGACAUUCUAAGAACUGUAAAAGAAAUAACAGGGUUUUUGCUGAUUCAGGCCUGGCCUGAAAAUAGGACUGACCUCCAUGCUUUUGAGAACCUGGAAAUCAUACGUGGCAGAACAAAGCAACAUGGCCAGUUUUCUCUUGCGGUUGUCGGCCUGGAUAUCACAUCUUUGGGAUUACGCUCCCUCAAGGAGAUAAGUGAUGGUGAUGUGAUAAUUUCAGGAAAUCGAAACUUGUGCUAUGCAGAUACGAUACGCUGGAAAAAACUUUUUGGGACCUCAACUCAGAAAACCAAAAUUUUAAACAACAGGAGUGAAAAACAGUGCAAGGCCACAGGCCACAUCUGUCACCCGCUGUGCUCAUCAGAGGGCUGCUGGGGACCUGGACCCAAAUACUGCAUGUCCUGUCAGAACUUCAGUCGUGGCAAGGAGUGUGUGGGAAAGUGCAACAUUCUAGAGGGAGAGCCCAGAGAAUUCGUGGAGAACUCCGAGUGUGUGCAGUGCCAUCCAGAAUGCCUGCCCCAGGCCAUGAACGUGACCUGCACUGGACGCGGACCAGGCAACUGUGUAAAGUGUGCCCACUACAUUGAUGGCCCUCACUGCGUCAAGACCUGCCCUGCUGGAGUCGCGGGAGAGAAUGGCACCCUGAUCUGGAAGUUUGCAGAUGCCAGUCACGUGUGCCACCUGUGCCACCCCAACUGCACCUAUGGCUGUGAAGGGCCAGGUCUCGAAGGCUGUCCACCAAAUGGGCCCAAGAUCCCGUCCAUUGCCACGGGCAUCGUGGGCGGCCUGCUGCUGGUGUUGGUGCUGGCCCUGAGCGUCGGCCUCUUCAUGCGCAGGCGCCACAUCGUGCGCAAGCGCACACUGCGCCGGCUGCUGCAGGAGCGUGAGCUCGUGGAGCCUCUGACGCCCAGCGGAGAAGCUCCCAACCAAGCUCUCUUGAGGAUCCUAAAGGAAACAGAAUUCAAGAAGGUCAAGGUGCUGGGCUCAGGAGCGUUCGGCACCGUGUACAAGGGACUCUGGAUCCCAGAAGGCGAGAAGGUUAAAAUUCCUGUAGCUAUCAAGGAAUUAAGAGAAGCCACAUCUCCAAAAGCCAACAAGGAAAUUCUUGAUGAGGCCUACGUGAUGGCCAGUGUGGACAACCCCCAUGUGUGCCGCCUCCUGGGCAUCUGCCUGACCUCCACCGUGCAGCUCAUCACACAGCUCAUGCCCUUCGGCUGCCUGCUGGACUACGUCCGCGAGCACAAGGACAACAUCGGCUCCCAGUACCUGCUCAACUGGUGUGUGCAGAUCGCAAAGGGCAUGAAUUACCUGGAAGACCGGCGCUUGGUGCAUAGGGACCUGGCGGCCAGGAACGUGCUGGUGAAGACGCCACAGCACGUGAAGAUCACAGACUUCGGGCUGGCCAAGCUGCUGGGUGCCGAGGAGAAGGAGUAUCACGCAGAAGGAGGCAAGGUCCCUAUCAAAUGGAUGGCUUUGGAAUCAAUUUUACACCGAAUUUAUACCCAUCAGAGUGAUGUCUGGAGCUAUGGAGUCACUGUUUGGGAGUUGAUGACCUUUGGAUCCAAGCCUUACGAUGGAAUCCCUGCGAGUGAGAUCUCGACUGUCCUGGAGAAAGGAGAGCGCCUCCCGCAGCCACCCAUCUGCACCAUCGACGUCUACAUGAUCAUGGUCAAGUGCUGGAUGAUAGAUGCAGACAGUCGCCCAAAGUUCCGUGAGUUGAUCCUUGAAUUCUCCAAGAUGGCCCGAGACCCCCAGCGCUACCUUGUCAUCCAGGGGGACGAGAGAAUGCAUUUGCCAAGCCCCACGGACUCCAACUUUUACCGCGCCCUGAUGGAUGAGGAGGACAUGGAGGACGUUGUGGAUGCUGACGAGUACCUCGUCCCCCAGCAGGGCUUCUUCCACAGCCCCGCCACCUCCCGGACACCGCUCCUCAGCUCCCUGAGCACCUCCAGCAACACUCCCACUGUGACUUGCGUUGAUAGAAAUGGGAGCUACCCUCUCAAGGAAGACAGUUUCUUGCAGCGCUACAGCUCAGACCCCACUGGUGCCCUCAUCGAGGACAGCAUGGACGAUGCUUUCCUCCCAGUACCCGAAUAUGUAAACCAGUCUGUUCCCAAAAGACCCGCAGGCUCUGUCCAGAACCCUGUCUAUCACAAUCAGCCUCUAUAUCCAGCUCCUGGCAGAGACCCUCAAUACCAAAAUUCACGCAGCAACGCCGUGGACAACCCUGAGUAUCUCAACACCACCCAUCCUGCCUGUAUCAAUGGUGUACUCGAUGGCCCUGCCCUCUGGGCUCAGAAGGGCAGUCACCAAAUUAGCCUAGACAACCCUGACUACCAGCAGGCCUUCUUUCCCAAGGAAGCCAAGUCGAAUGGCAUCUUUAAGGGGCCUGCAGCUGAAAAUGCAGAGUACCUGCGGGCAGCACCAGCAGGCAGUGACUUUACUGGGGCCUGACCAUGGAGAACAACAUCAGCCAUAAACUUCCAGCCCCUUCCACCCCCAGGACCAAGCCAUGGCAGCUGUUGAGUCCUGACCACCAUGCCGACAUUAUCUCUUGGACCCACAGACUGGUUUGUCCAUAUUUGCCCUGAUCAGCCCACCUUUCAACCAAGAAGUGCCCCCGACUCAGAUGCGCUUUGCACAGUUGCAGGGACGUUCCUUUGUGUUCAAACUGUGAGGCUUCCACAAAAAGCAUCCAGGAAGAAUGUUGUCCGUUUGGGCAGAAGUUCACCUUUCAGUGAGGUAUAUUUGAAAAACACUAAAUAUGUUUAAGGAGUUUUAUUGCUUAGAAACAUCUGGGGUAUUUUCAUUGACACUGAUUUUACUUUUAAUGAGCUUUUCUAAUAAGGAAAAAGCUUGCUCAUAGCACCUGUGGGACUGAGUUGACCCAGGCCCAGCUGUGACUGAGACGCACGGACCAGCCUUCCAGCCAACACGUGCUUCCAUUGGCUCUACUUGGAGACUCCUCCGUUGCAAGUCAGUUGAACCAGCCAGUCCUCUGAGUCCUCAGCAGGACACAUUGGUACUAUCUCAGAUCAAGGCAGGUACAAGACAAUAAGCCACUUUGAACUCUUCCUGAGCAAGGAAGAAACAGAGGGAGUAGAAUUCUUCCUCAGACUUACUUUUAUAUAGAUGUCUCCAUGGUACUUUCUCUCCUCUGGGUGACCAGUGUAUUUUAAUUAUAAGUAUUAGACUUGUUUAUUUUCCAUUCCACAGUUUUGAAACCCAGUAUGCUUUCCCUGUACAGCAAAAUGGUAACCACAGUCAGCUUAUAUGUGAUUAAUCGGCAUUCAGACCAUUGCCUUUAAUUGAGAUGGAAUGACAGUGCAAAAAAAGGAACAAAUCCCCUGAAUUUGAGUCUUAAAGGAAGUAUAUCAAGUCUUUGGAGGUCAGGGGACAGGUAUCUGUCUGAAGACUGUAUAUGUGAUGCUGCUCUUGAAACUCUUUUAGCUCCCCCAACGCUCUCCCCGACACACACACAAAGCAAUUUGUUUAGGCUACUCCUAGAAGAUAAUUAAUUAUUUUACUUCAAGGGUUUUUUACUCAAAGGGCACUUUGCUCUUCACUGGGAAGCUGCCCAGAUCCCUCCUUGCCCUUGGUGAGUUGAAGGGUCCAGGCACAGGGGUAGCUGUGCAGGAGUGCCUCGCCACUACGGCACUUUUCACAGGUGAAAUAGAGACGGCAUUAUGUGUCAUAUGAAAUUCAGGUAAAUAUGAAAUUUGACUUUGAAGUUGAUGAUAAUGCCUUCAUAACAUCUCCAGGUAUGUGGGAAGAAGAAAACAAUCCCCCCUUAAAAUAACUCCCUGUAAUUGGAGGACCCGCUCCUUAGGACACAAGCUUUUUCUCAUCUGUGUCCCCAAACCCUGAAUGUUACAUAGUUCUUUGUAGACAGUGUUGUAAACACUCUUAGUCAAGAUCCAUCUCAGCCAGCAAGAAGUGUUUCAGACAGUAUUUUCAGCCCAUGGUUUUAUUCAGCUCCCCACUUUCCCCACACACACAAUUUUCCUUUAGCUUUUAAGUUAUUUACUGACUCAGGUGGAUCAGGGCCCCACAGUUUUGUCAUCAAAGUAUUUAAUUUUGUCUCAAUAGAAAUAUAAGUUAUAUUCAGUUCCAUCAUGUUCCACACUUUAACACCUUACCAGCUUGGCAUAGGUAUUAAAGAUAAAAAAAAAAUAAAUCAUAAUACCUGAUUCCACAAAAUUCACAAUUUAGCAAUGAAAAUUGACUAACGAAUACUAACCUGAAAAUGACGUGACAGAUGCCAGGCAAGGCUUGUCAGCCCAGCACGGCGACAGCACAGGGCACAGGGAGAGGGGCGCCUGGUGUGGAGGAGCCACGGAGGCGGGGCAGAGGACCCCAGGGCAUCAGCCAGCAAGAAUUGGAAAGUGCAGCAGAGGGAGCCCGGCCAUGAAAGUGUCCUCCAGAGAAGCCACUCCUGCAGCAGCUCCAAGGCUCUGCUGCCCCUUCAAGCCUGGGGUUAGGCUUGGCACGUUCCCCAAGUGCCCUUCUGGUCCAUCCCCACUGGGGGGUUCAAAAUGAUUCAUGAAAAGAUUAAACAAUGUCUCUAAGGAUCUGAAGUUUUAUGUCCUUGUCAGCAAACCACUCUCAUUAUUUAUUCACCUCAGAACAUAAGUGCUUUAGCCAGAUAUGUAUCCAGCACUGAGAGACAGAAUGACCCACAUUCUGCUCUCACAAGUUUGUUGAGGAGGGAGCACCACAACAUCCUGGUCCAACUGUAGCAGUAAGAACGUAGUAUUUUUGUAAUUUGAAAUAUUUUACUGUAACAUAAUAAAGUAGAGAGAACUUCAA